UUACGUUUCAAAUCUGUCAAGAUGUGUUGAAUGAGGUCAAAAGUUCUCAGGAAUGAAGAGUCAUGAUUGUCAUGUGUUUAUGCAACGACUACUUCCAUUCGCUUUUGCUGAGCUCCUUCCAACAAAUGUACAUGAAGCACUUGCAGCGAUCGGAGCUUUCUUCAGAGACCUUAGCACACGUACGUUCAAGGAAGAAGUCAUCGAACAACUUCAUGAGAACAUCCCGAUCAUAGUGUGCAACCUAGAGAAGAUAUUUCCUCCAUCAUUUUUUGACGUCAUGGAACAUCUAGUUGUCCACCUCCUCUACGAAGCAUUACUUCGCGGACCUGUUCACAAUGGAUGGAUGUAUCCAUAUGAGCGCUCUAUGAAACAUUUGAAGGGGAAAGCAAGAAAUCUUGCAAAGGUGGAAGGUUCGAUUGUGGCUGGAAGUUUGACAGCAGAAACAUCUAACUUCACAUCAUACUACUUUGCUUCAACGGUUCGUACGAGGAAAAUAGUUCCUAGGAGAUAUGAUGAUGGUGGAGUACCGCAAUCUUAUGCAGUAGACGGUGUUCCUGACAUUUUCUGCCAAAUUGGACGGUUUGGUGGUAAACUGAGAGAAGUAUGGUGGUCCAGUGAUGAGGAUAAGCAUAGUGCCCACACUUAUAUUCUACUCAACUGCGAGGAUGCUGUGAUGCGUUCUUUUGAAAGCUUGUUUGUAUCUCAAGUUGAAGAAGCAAUACCAGGAAUAUCCGGAACCGAGGUGGAUGCAAGGAAAGAUAAGCACUUUGUCAAGUGGUUAAAAGGACAGGUUGAUUAUGACGAUCCAUAUUAUCCUGUAUGGUUUCAUGAUUUGAUCCAAGGUCCAGUAGCAAAGGUCACCACAUCAUCUAUGUACUUCACACGAGGUUUCACUUUUCAUACAUAUGAGUAUGGGAGACGUCGGGCAACAAGCAACUACGGGAUAUGUGUGAAAGGUGAAACAGACUUUUACGGGAUCUUGCAAGAGAUUAUUGAAGUGGAAUUUCCAGGGUUGUUGAAGCUAAAAUGUGUCCUCUUCAAAUGCGAGUGGUUCGACCCGGUGGAGAACCGUGGUGUUCGGUUUAACAAAUUUGGUGUUGUGGAUAUCCAUUCUGGGAGAAGAUAUAACAAAUUCGAGCCUUUCAUCUUAGCUUCCCAAGCCGAACAAGUUAGCUUCCUUCCAUACCCUCGCCUUCGAAGUUCUGGGAUAAAUUGGUUAACUGCUAUCAAAAUAACACCUCGUGGACGGAUUGUUGCUGGAGAAGAACCACCUUUGCAAGAAGAAGAUGCAAUCAAUGAAGUUGAGGUACCUGAUCAACAAACUGAUGAAAUUCUUUUGAUCGACCCGGAUAACCGUCAAUAUGAAGAUCUUCCCGAAGAUGUGACGGAUGAAGCACGUGAAGAUGAGUUCGAUAGAAGCGAUGAUGAUCAUUGUAGUGAUGUUGAUGAGAACUCAAACGAUUCUUCAUGAUGUAAAAUAUGUAACAAAUGUUGAUUUUUAUUAGAAGAUCUUAUUUUCAUAUGUGUAUCAAA